UAAUGAUGUCUCUAGAUAUUUAAAAUGACUACUUAGAAUUUGCUUCAGUUUUGGAUGACAAAUACUAUAUAAUUGAUACAAUUGGAUUUGGAAGAUAUGCAAAGUAAAGUGAAUUGAAUAACAAUCUAGAGUUAAAUUGGCUAUUGAUAUGGAGGAUAAACAAAAGUAUGCAAUCAAAAUCAUGAAAACUGACCCAACAACAAGUUAGUGCAGAUCAGAUACAUUUAUAAAUGAAAUUUCAACACAAGCUGAAUUUGAUCAUAAACACAUAAUUAGAAUCAUUUAUGUAUAUAUUCUAUAUCCAACCAACAUAGUGUAAGAUGAAUGGAAAUUAUAAAAAGAUUGAUGGAAGAGUUCAACAGGUUUCUUAUUUUGUAAUGGAAUUAGCCAAUCAAGGAGAGUUGUUCUAAUUAUUAGAGCAAACUUAGCAAUUUUCUGAAAAAUUUGCAAGGAAUAUUUUUUCAUAACUAAUAAAAGGUAAACUGCUUCCUUUAUUGCUAGCAUAGGAAUUGAGCAUCUGCAUGAACGCGGUGUUGUUCAUAGAGACGUCAAAGCUGAAAAUAUACUAUUUAGUAAUGGUGUACUUAAGUUGGCAGAUUUCGGAUUCAGUACCAAGACAAUCGACGAGAAAGGAUCCAGAGUCCAAUUUGAAAUAUCUCAGCACAUUGGCUCUCCUGAGUACAAUCCUCCAGAAUUAUAUAAUAUAGGUAAUGAUUUAGGCUUAUUAUAAUUUAGGGAAAUAAAAAUUUUACAAUCCAGAGCAGGCUGACAUCUUUGCCGCUGGAGUCAUCUUGUUUACAAUGGUUAUCAGAUCGGCUCCUUUCAAAACUUCGAAAUCAACUGAUCCCUACUAUUCCUUAUUGAAAAAUAAUAAGCAAUCCUUUUGGAAGAUAUUUAGUGAGAUUGCAGACUCAUCUGCUUAAUUUAAAGAUCUGAUUGAAAAGAUGUUGGAUGAAAACCCAUUAAAAAGAAUAACCAUUGAAUAAAUGAAAUAGCAUCCCUGGAUGUAAGGUAAUGAUACAUCUAUAAUUCAAAGGAUAAAUGCUUGGUUAAACAGAAUUCCAAAAAGAAUUGAAGAACAGAUAUGACAUGAUAUUGAGUUAGUAAAUAGUAAAAAUAACAAAUAAGAGAGACACAAAAUUUUCAACUAGAAAAUCAAUUAAAAAGGUUGAAACAGAUAACAUUAGUAAAAGUGUCUCUAAAUACUGUUAUGAAAAUCUUGAAUUGAUUGAGUAGGUAAAUAUAUUAGUUUAUAUAUUUAGAUAAAUGCAAAAUUGUAAAUCAAGCAACAUUCUCCGAAAGAAUAAUUUAAAUAAUAAUCAAAUAAGAGUGAAAAGUUAAAAGUAGGAAUCUAACAGAAACAAUAAAAUUAAUACAUCUCUAGAACAAAUUAAGAAUCCAAAAGAUCGAGUCCUGGAUCCCCUUCGAACGAUUCUGACAAUUGAUACAAAC